AUGCCGCAGUUAGUAUCCGCAAAUGGACUUGGCAAUGACCCUCUGUCUGCGAAAGAGGCAGAGGGCCCACCAGUCCAGCUAGAGCCCGUCGACCUCAGCGUUCGUUCCCCGCCAAAAGAUCUUAAAUCAACACCGGUACGAAUGCGAAGCGGCCUCUUGAAACGACCUCCACCGCCACUCAUCACGGCUCCACACCUGUUAGCUUUAAGGCACAAAACAAAAGAUCUAUUUUACACGCUCCACAAUAACAACAACUACGAAGAGACCGAAAAUGAUAGCACGGACAGCGGUAGCGAGUCCACGGCAACGGCAAAGAUUGCUGCUGCUGCGGCCGCUGCUGCUGCCGCAACAAUUGCCGCUGCAGCGGCUGCCUCGCAAGCACCACCCUCCGCCUUCUCACCGACGCACGCACAUCAGCUCCUUUCGACGCUGUGCGGCACCGGCAGUGCCAUCGUACCAGGCCAAACGGACACGCCCAACAAUAACGGGAGCGCCACCGAUGGUGCUACAGCAGCAGCACUCAUCCUAGCCGAGAAUAACAAUAGCCUUAGUGUGAAUAAUAACAACUAUCCUAGUGAAAGCGACCUUGAAACGAAACCGAGUACCUACCGGGAGUCUUCCUAUCCUAUCUACAGCAACUACUGUGUUCAGCAGCGCGCGAGCCCGACGCAUCGCACGAAAGCGGAAAAUCACCAGAAAAAGGCCCCGACGAUGGCGGGACUUGGUACGCAUCCGGCCCAUCAUCACCAUCCGCACCAUCAUCUCUUUCCGGCCCAAUUCCUGCAAGCGUUUUCCGUGCAUCAUCACCAGCAGCAGGAGGAACAGCAGGCAGCAUUCCUGAAUACGGCCAGCAUCAACAGCCAUCGACGUGCUCAUUCCCCUCUUUCGAUGCUACUCGACCAGCAGCUACACGAACAGCUGCAACAACUCUCCGCUACUUCCGUCGUGCAUCCUCCGACGGUGGCCAAACUACUGCCCGGCAUUCCGGCACCUUUGGCAGCAUCUAUUGCAUCCAUCGCAUCCACCUUACCGAAGAAUCAUCCUCUCAGUGAGACUGCUACCGUCGCGUUCCAGCGAUUGCUGCAACAACAGCAACAGCAGCACCAGCAGUCAGCCAACACGGUCACGCCACAGACGGCAAGUGCCGGGAUAUUCUCACGUUCUCGCAACAACACAAAAAACUCCACCGGCCGUAACAGCCCGGAUCGAUACACCGGCAAGCUAACCGACCUGCGACAACGAACCGGAUCAACUGGCAGCUCCAACGGUGGUGUCAACUGCGAAACGCCGGUAGGAUCGUCCGCAAAACGGCACGGGAACGAUAAUAAUGGACAUAGUAGCAGCAGCAGCAGCAGUAAUACCACUCCUCGCCAUCAUCUCCAUCUAGCAUCGGCGUCACCGGGACUGCUAGCGCUCGGCAGUGAACUGCGCCAUCAUCACCAUCAUAACCACCAUCACCAUCAAUCGUCCUCGUCGCUGUCCUCGAUGAAAGGCUUGACGAAGAAUCGGAAGAUUCAUCGCUGUGAUGCGACCGGAUGUGAUAAGGUGUACACGAAGAGCUCGCAUCUGAAAGCGCACAAGCGAACGCAUACUGGUGAGAAACCUUACAUCUGCACCUGGGAGGGGUGUGUGUGGAGAUUCGCUCGCUCGGAUGAGCUCACGCGCCACUACCGGAAGCACACCGGACUGAAACCCUUCCGCUGUAAGCUCUGCACACGUUCCUUCAGCCGCUCGGAUCAUCUGUCGCUGCAUAUGAAGCGGCAUUAA